AUUGUCAUAUGUCAAAACUGAACGUCAGAUGAUAGAAAGUAAUAUUAACAAAGAAGUAGAGACUGUUAAAUUUUAUUUUAUUCAAAAGUCAAUCCCAGAUCGUGUCUCCUCGAUUCUACAUGACACUGGUAGAAUAUACUGUGCACGUCUUUGCACGAAUGAAGGCCAUAUUAUAAAAAAACGAAUAACGGUAUUGAAAUAAAUAUAAAAACAAUGGACUUAAAUAAGUUAGUCCAUCAAAAUCAAACAAUAAAAAUCAUACCAUCGUUAGAGGACUCUCUACGAGGACUUGGCCUGAAUAGUGAUCUAGAUGAAGAAACUGAGAUUUGGUUUAAUCAAUUGAAAAUCAAAUGGAAAACAUGGAAGAAAAGCCCUACGAUUGAGCGUCACUUUGACUCAUUUUUUCAGUUCUGUCAAGAUCCCUUCAGAGUUGCCCUAGUGUGCAUUGUCAAAUGUGAUGAACCAAAAGAUCGUAAGCCUAAAUCUCUCUCUUAUUGCAUACUUGAAAUUAUAUUUAAAUGGUCCCAGACAAAUGGCAGAUUACCUGAAGAGACUCUGAAACUUCCAGCGUACAAUAUAGCAACACAACAGAGAAAUCAACAUUUUCUUUAUUUAGCAGUUAAAACUUAUCAAUUGUAUACUAUAAAAGAGACUGUACUUCCUCUUGUAAAAGAUAUGAUAAGAAAUGAUAAUUGCAAACAAGCAUCACAAAUUGUAAUUGCAAUGGAACUCUUUGAUGAAAUUCCUGUUGAAGAUUUACUGUUUCCAUUGGUUUUGCAAGAUACGCCAAACCUAAUUGAUGAAUAUUUGUCAGAAUCUCCAAAUCAAAUUCAACCUUUUUUAUUAUUUUUAGAUAGACUGUUAGACAAAAACUUUAGUAUAAGAGACUAUGCUCAAAAAUUUAUUGAAGAAAAUAAAAUUUAUAAUGUUAAAUAUGAUAAAAUUCAUUAUAAACCUCUGGGAAAAUUAGUCGCUCGGCUUUGUAAUAAAUUUAAUGUUCCAAUAGAGUCAUGUAAAAACUUGAGUAAGAAUCGUACCACAGGAGGGCUGAGGUAUUUAAUUCAUCAGAGAUAUGUUGAACACAACUUGAGCCCCUCAGUUUGGGAUGAUUUGGUAAAAGAUUCUUUGAAGCAAAGUACUGACUGUGCUAAAGAAUUUGUUGACAUGUUAGCAAUGUAUGACAUAAAUGAAUCACUUAAGUGGUCUUCAUAUUUCGAAAUAUCAAAUGAUUGUCUUCCUCAUGCUCUUCAGAAUUUAACAAUAAAAGAUAAUCCUAUAGAAGAAGAAAAUUGGGACACAACUGACAAUGCAGCUCAGAACUACUAUAGACUUCCAAUAUCAGAAGAAAAUAUUUUAAUUAUUGACACAGCAGAAAAGUUUGAUGAAUUAAUCUCAAAGUUGUCAAAUUGUCCUAUCAUCAGCUUUGAUUGCGAAUGGAAACCAUCAUUUGGUGCUGCUAAAUCUCGAAUGGCUCUCAUUCAAAUUGGUACAUUUGAUCAAGUUUAUCUUAUUGACACUCUUAUAUUAAACAACAAGCAAUACAUGGGUAGUUGGUGCCGGUUUAAUAAAUAUGUAUUAGAUAAUGCGGAGAUAAUAAAAUUGGGUUUUGGAGUUGAACAGGAUCUGAAUGAAAUGAAGUCUUUAAUUAUUGGUUUGAAUAAUAUCAAGGUUAAAGGUGAAGGACUUUUAGAUUUAGGUUUACUGUGGAAAAAUCUUGUCAAAUGUGGCUUGUCAUUACCAAGUAACAGUGAUAAUGGAGGUAACAGUCUCAGCUCUUUGGUCCAAACUUGCUUUGGAUUGCCCUUGGAAAAAUCUGAGCAAUGUUCAAAUUGGGAGUUAAGGCCCUUAAGAAAUACUCAGAUUCACUAUGCUGCUUUGGAUGCUUUUGUUUUGUUAGAGAUAUACAAAUACCUUCAAAAUCUUUGUGUAGAACAACAUAUUAAUUUUGAGGAAAUUUGUAAUGAUGUAAUGUUGGAUAGAAAACUGAAAUGUCUAAAAAAGAAUAAAGUAGUUGAUUGUCUGCAGACAACAAAAAAUAUAAAGGUGAGAACUCCUAUGGACGUUAAAAUUCUUCUUGAACAUGACAAUGCACAUUUACGAUAUUAUCUAAGAUACUGUGGUAUUGACACUACUAUUACAACUUCUCAUAUGUUAUGGCACGAUACUAUUAAAUUAGCCACAUCUGAAAAUCGUUUAAUAUUGACAUCUAAAUUGAAGUUUUCACCAUCUAGCAGAUUUUCACAAAACUUUAUCUUAGAUAUAGGUAAAGGAAGCAUCAAGGAUCAAUUAUUAAAAAUUCUUAAACAUUUUAAUGUGGGCCUUCAAAAGAAUUAUAUUUUGACAAGAUGUAUAGAAUGCAAUUCUACAGAUGUAAAAUAUUACUCUAUUAAUGAUCUCAAAGAUAUAUGUAGAAAAUAUAAUGGUGGUAGCCACAAGUCUUCCGAUCAGAUCAGAAGGAGUGCUAGUGACAAUGAAGAUGAUAAUGAUUAUUCUGAAAACUUUCUCAGUGAUUCAGAAGGGGAAGACAUACAUUUAUACAAACCAUUUCCAAUACAGGACAAAUGGUAUACAUCUAGCAGUGGAGCUAAAAUUAAUAUGAAUCAGAUUGAAAAGUUAUGUGCUUCCAAUAAAACUGCACAUAUUUGUGAAAAUUGUGGAAAAUUAUAUUGCGAUGAAGAGCCGUUGCUUAAAUCAAUACACGAAGUAAUCAUGUCUAUAACAAAUUUUAAUUAGAAAUUAUACAUUUUUUUCUUAGGACAUAGUAUUUGAAGGUACAAAUUAUACAGAUAGCAAGAAAGCAAUCAAAAAUCGUGUAUAUUUAUGUAUACAUUACAUUUAGUAUUAUUAUUUAGAAUUAUAUAAAUAGGUAGCUAUGUUGUUUUGUUUAAGUUUUAAUUAUUAUUAAAAUUACUUAGUAUUUUUCAAAUACAAUAAUAUAAUACAUUAUAAUAAUCCAAUUUCAAUAUAUUACUCAUAGUUUUGCUUAUUGAACACAUAUUCAAAAAAAAAAACUAAUGUUUAAAUAAUAUAUGUGAUAAAGUGUUAUACAUAAUCAAAGUAAAAGUGAUUUUAACAUUAAUAUGAUUGAAUGAUUAAUAACCUGUCAUAAUAGUACAAUCUGUUAUAAUUAGAUCUAGAAAAUAAGAUAAACGAGUUUAAAUGUUACACUACUAUUAAAUAAUUAUUUUUGUAA